AUGGCGGCACCGCGCCCUCACGGCGUUACGCACGCACGGCGGUGGCGCGCCGGAAGGGGAAGUGAGUGAGGGCACCGGCGGAAGCGGCCGUUGUCCGGGGAGACGCCGCGGGGUGGAGGCGGCGCCGGGGAUGUGGCGGCUGCUGCUGUUGCUGGUCUGGCUCGGCACGCCGCUUCCUCCCGGGGCGGUGACGGAGCGCAGCGCCGGCGGGCAGCCCCGCUCCCCCGGGGCCGAUUCCGUGCAGGACGGCGGCGAGCCGGUGCGGUACCGGACUGCGGAGAUGGCGGACGCGAUGCUGGGCAGCGAGCUCCCCGCGCAGCAGGCCCCGGGGCUCCCGGUGCUGCCGGGGGAGGUGACGGACGGCGUGGUGUCCGACCUCGCCACGGAGGCUUGCGAUGCGGCGGCUGGCGGUGAUGCUUGCGGCGCGGGGAGCAGCCCCACGGCUGCCCCGGGGCAGGCGAGCGCCCGGGACCGGGAGCAGGCCGUGCCGGAGCCGGUGCCGCCCGCGCCCACCGAGGAGUCGAACGGCACCGACAGCGCCAAAGCUCCCAAAGUGACCUGCGAGGAGAGAAACGCCACCGGCAUCGAGCGCUCUACGCUGCAGAUCCUGAACGUGUCUCAGGACCUGAUGGAGUUCUUAAACCCAAACAGCAGUGACUGUACGUUAGUCUUGUUCUAUACGCCAUGGUGCCGCUUUUCUGCCAGUCUGGCACCUCAUUUUAAUUGUUUACCUCGAGCAUUUCCAACUCUUCGCUUCCUCGCACUGGAUGCAUCUCAGCACAGCAGUUUAUCAACUAGAUUCGGAACUGUGGCUGUACCAAAUAUCCUCCUUUUCCAAGGUGCUAAACCUAUGGCUAGAUUUAAUCACACAGACAGAACGCUGGAAACACUGAAAGACUUCAUUUUUAAUCAAACAGGUAUAGAAGCUAAAAGCGAUGUGGCUGUGACAAAGGAAGACUGGGAAGGGCCCCUGCCCAGCGUCCUCACAAAAGGCAUCGACUGGUUGCUUCUGUUUUCUGUGCUCUUCCUGGCAAGCUUUGUCGUGUACGCGACCGUUCGGACGGAGAGCAUUCGGUGGCUGAUCCCGGGGCAAGAGCACGAACAUCAGGAGUGAUCUCAGAUGCUGAAAUAGGGACAGAAUUUCCUGCUUAUUGGUAAAGUGGGACUUCUUAUGGACUGGUAGUCCGUGAGAACAAACUGCUGAAUUUGUUCAUUGUAAUUUAUAUUCUUGACUACAAGUCUGCUUUAUUUAUCAACUACUGAAUCUGUAAAAAGCAAAGUUGUGGCGAUUAAUGUGAUAAGUAAAGAAAUACGAAAAAAUAUGAACUAAAAAGGUAUUCAGUUGCUCUGGUUUAUUUUUCAUGGACUUUAAUGUAAAUAGGUGAUACAGUUCUCUUUUGCUCUCCUGAAGAGGUCCCUGAGCUUUGUCAACCACAUAAGGUUUUUACAGCAUGUGUGCGGCACUGCUUGGCACGGGAGAGGAGUUGCUUCUGUGCAAUCUGGAGAUCUUCCUCAUACAUCCUACAGACGUACGGACUAAGGCUUCUACACAGACUAUGUGGUAAAUGCUAUGGAAUUGGGAUAUGUUACCCCACAGAGAUAAUGUUCAUGUGUUCUGAAAUAGUAACGUUUUAAAGGGAUACACCAGUGAAUGGUGAUGGCACUGCAUUAGUUUAAUUGUCAGUAAAAUGAACUAUGAAGAUUUUUUUUUUUUUAAUAGUGGACUUAAAAUCUUUUCAACAAUGGCAUAAUUAAAUAUUACCAGUGUGUGUUCCAGCAAUAGCAACAAUUCCAAAGUGUGUUAUACAACCCUUGGCAGGGUGACUGUUUUCCACUUUUGGUGCUGGUUUCCUUGUUCACUGUGCCUAUGAGUUUUGACUUAGUGGCGGUUCUUUAUAAGAUUUAGAGUAACUUCCCAAGCUCACCUUGUUAUUUUUGUGUGUGUAUGCACAACUUAUUUACCAUAUUCCUCUAUAACUAAAUUGCAUUAAUUGUCCUUACUCAUUUAAAUAAAUCAGGUUUUUACUGUAACCUUUUAAGUCACUUUCUCACAGGACUAACAGCAGGCAACAUCUGAAGUAGAGAUCACCUGCCUAAAUUAGCAAGACCAGUCCUGAGACUUAUUUACAUUUCUACAAGCAUGUUUGGUGGUUGCACAGUCUACAGCAGAGGCUACAUAAAGAAUUAACAUGGGUUUUAGUUCUAAUUAGCAUGGAAGACUUUGAAUUACGUAUGGACUGGUAUGUUAUGUGGUUUUCAGAUUAUUUGAUUGCAUAGCACUUACCCGUGGUGGAGGUUUGCCACAGUACCCUGAUAGGAAGCUUUAGAGUGUGAAUUAAGCUAAGAAGAAACAAAGACAGUUGUAAUAUUUAUUGUUUGACAAAGAGCUCAUAUCCCUGGAAUAUAAUUCUUCAGCUAUUUUUCUGAUGGCCACAUCUUUCCAGUUUGGAAAGCUGAGGUCCUGUAUAUCUGUGUGUUAAAAGGAGAAUGCACUGAUAAAACUUUGGUAUAACUGCAGAUAAAACUAGGAAAUAUUUUACUAAUAAAGAUUCAAGAUUUUGAACAAUUAA